UUCCAUAAACAAACUGCAUUUUUGUUCCGCAGGGGAACGCGCUAGUCUUCUGGUUUGUAACCCUGCCAGCAUUGUCAGGUCUCUCCCCCCCCCCACUCCAGCUCCCGUUUUGGGAAAAGGCUGCGACAGGACCUUCAUUUCUGAGGCGGGAAGAAAAAAAGAAAAAAAAAAAACACGGAAACGUGGGCUCCGUUACAACAAAAACAAUCAGAGCUGAGGGUUAUUUUUUUCCAACGGUCAGCGCGUGGAGGGCUGUAGCGCCGAGCUAAACGCUGGACUCCACGGUCUACAUUGUCUGCCUUCUUCCUUCUGUUAUUAAGCUGUCAGCCAUCGUAGGCCGCUGUAUAUUCUUUGCACAACUUCGGUUUUAGCAGACAUGGUGAAGCUGACAAAAGCCAAGACUUUCCAGGCUUACCUGGACUCCUGCCACCGCCGCUACAGCUGCGUGCACUGCCGCGCCCAUCUGGCAAACCACGACGAUCUUAUCUCAAAGUCAUUUCAAGGCAGCCAGGGACGAGCAUACCUCUUUAACUCAGUGGUCAACGUGGGCUGUGGUCCCGCCGAGGAGAGGCUGCUGCUUACGGGACUCCACGCAGUGGCCGACAUUUACUGUGAAAACUGUCACACCACUCUGGGCUGGAAAUAUGAGCAGGCCUUCGAACUGAGCCAGAAGUACAAAGAGGGGAAGUACAUCAUCGAGCUGUCCCAUAUGAUUAAGGACAACGGCUGGGAUUGAAAAAGACAACGGCCAUGUUUCUUCAUGACUUUUUAAGAGGAGGAGGGGGGAGAAAAAAAAAGAAGUCGCAUCCCCUCGACGCGAAAGGGUUCAAGUAUAUCGUCCUCAUCUCGCCUUGGAGCCACUGCUGUGCCACACUUUUACUUCAUGCAGCUUCGCUAAGAAUAGCAUGUGAUGCCUUACCCUUCGUCUAUUCCUCACGUUUCUUUCACCAACACACUUACCGAGACCUUCAUCCCGACGAUUAGUGAUUCUGGGGACUGAUUCAAGUGUACGGCUUGUGCGCGUGUGGAGAGAGAGAGAGUGAGUGAGUGGUGUAGUUACACGGGUACCGGGUGUGGGGUGGAUUUAUUAUUAUUUUUUAAAGCCUUUUAACGCACGAAAGAUCCAACUUUUUACAGCGAUCGCUAAACCGUGUGGCGUUUAAAGCCACAAGGCCAAUCAAAGCUAAGGAGCUUGAUUGUUAUUUGGAUUUUUUUUUUUUGUUUUGUUUCUUUCCUUUGAGUUUAAGGUGCAGCUUUUGAUGGAUAUUGCCUAAACGGAUUUCAUUACCAAGGCUUGUUUCAAUGGUUGACCUUUGAGUUAAAUAUACAGGGAGGAUAUGGGAAUACAUAGAGCAGCAGGCGAGCUCUUUAUUUUUUUUUAUUAUAUUAUUAAUUCAUGUUAUUUUUUUUAUUAUUUUUAAAGCCAAUAAUAAGGCAGUCGGGAUAUUGAGUUAGUAAUAUUCAAGCCAACAGAAAUCUGCAAGAAUUUCUCCGUCUGUAGCGAGUCUUCUGUUCACAGGUGUAACGUUGUGUAUGUGUGCGCGCGCGUUUGCAGUGAGGCAUCUUAAGCUGGAUGGUGUUGUGAAGCAUUAGUCUGGAACUGAUUUACCUCCAGAAUAUUUUUAUUUUUAUUUUUUUCACUGCACACUUGAGAUAGCUUUACUCCCGUUUAAUGCUAACGAGACCUAUAUCCUGUAUACGUUUUGCGCAUUACCUAACACUGAGCAGUCCCUAUCGACACAUCGGCUUCACUGUGUUAAUGCAAAUUGUGGUUAGGAUAGAUGUAGCAUAUUUAUGGUGAUUUUUAAAUGUCUGCUUUCAUUAAAGUGGUUUUUAUUUUAACCUGGUCUUUCAUUAAAAUACAGAUUCUCUGUACA